AUGUUUACAACAUCCAUGGUCUUCAUGGACCUUAUCCCGCUCUGGCCCAAGGCCAUUCUGCCACAGGUCCUGAAGGACAACCAUACGUGGUAUCUUACCACCUUCAACGAUCAGCUCAUGAUCAAGUUUGAGCCUUGGUUUGCGGCCUUCUUGGCGGUCGAGGCAUUAUAUCAGUUGCCUACAACCAUCUGGUUCUUGAGCGCGAUUCCAAGCGAAAACCCAAAGUUCCCGGCGCGUGCAUUGACCUAUGCGUCAAUCUCGUUUUUGACCACUCUCACAAGCUGCUGGGCCAUCUGGAAGGAUGGUGAUAUGACUGAAAUGCAGAAGUAUAUUCUGUUGGGAUUCUAUGCGCCAUUUGCCGGUAUCUUUGGGUUCAUGGCGAUGGAUAUGUCUUGCCGUAUUCAAGCGAAGAUGGCGCCCAAGGCUGUGAAGGGAAAGAAAAGGGUUUAA